AUGUUCGGGCUCCGUGACCACGUGGACGCCGAGGCCGUUCCGCGCUUCGACGACCCCGACUGGGCCAUGGCGGACCACGCCGUGGUUCAUUGGCUGAAUGCCACCGUCGCGCCUGACCUCCUGGAUGCAGUGAUGGCGGACGACGACAAGGCCCUCACCGUCUGGACAGCCAUCGACGGGCUCUUCCGCGACAACCAGCUCGCCCGGGCUGUGUACAUCGACGCCGAGUACCACGCCGUGGUGCAAGGCGAUCUGACUAUCAUGCAGUACUGCACCAAGCUGAAGACGUACGCUGACCAGCUUCGCGACCUCGGCCAGCCCGUGUCCGAGCCGCGGCAGGUCUUCCACCUCCUGCGCGGUCUCAACCGCCAAUACCACGGUGCCAUCCCUCAUAUUACGUCGCAGUCGCCCCUCCCCUCGCUUCUCCGGACGCGCUCCUUUCUACUUCUCGAGGAGCACCGCGCCGAGCAGACCGCGCGCCUUCAGGGCGCGCACGCACUCUACGCCGGCGCGUGGCGCCACAUCGUUGCCUCCCACGCCACCUGCUGCCUCCCCCGUCGUCCCUGA